AUGCCGGGAAUGGUAUUCACAGCGCCCAAGGCGCGAAAUCAGCAUGUGCCUUUCGGCUCACUGAUUCACAACGACGUGCUUAUCUACGUUAGAGAAGGAAACUCCUAUACAAAGUACUACAUUAUUGUGGCUAUCAUCGCAGCAAUCAUCAUAUUCCACGUGAUCCUCGCCAUCAAUCUCCAGCUAAGACUUAACAAGGGCCUGCAGCCACGAGCAUACGAAAAAUUCUUGUUCAAAGGAGUGAUACGGAAACAUGAACGGAAGGUAGCCUCUGCGGCACAUGGAAACAGUCCCCCCGAUUUUUAUAACAUGGCCAACGUGACACCCGGGCCAGUGAACGACUCUACAGUGUAUACUGCAUACCCCGGCCAUACAUAUGGAGGCGACAGAUUUGAUUCGGUGCAGGAGCUCAACAAGAGGGCGGAUGAGGAGAAUGCUUUGCCGGUGAAUGAUGUUCCUUUAGGGCCUCCUCCUGCUGCAGUGCUGAAGCAAUAG